UGGGUGAGGUCCUGAGUCCAAUCCCUAGCACCACAGAUGCCAUAGUGAUGCUCUGGUUUUCUCUCUGAUCUUCAAGGCUGAGCUAGAGAGGCAGGGUUUCCUAGACAGGAGGAUGAUGAGUUCUAGAGGUGAGAAGUGGGGACCCAGGAGCAGACUCCCUCACCUCCAGUGGAGAGACAGACAAGGGGGCUGCCUGGUGCAGGGUUGGGCCUGCAGAACUCCAGAGUUCACGAGUCUCCCUGGCUGCAGGAUUCUCAGCAAGCUGAGUCAAGAGAUCAACAAGAAUGACGAGAGGAGAAGCAUCUUCACUCGAAAGCCUCAGGUGCACCGGUUUCUGGAAGACACAGAACCCCAUGCAGAGGACAACGGGGGCUGGUCGUCUUUUGAGGAAGACGACUACGAGUCCCCCAACGAGGACCAGGACGUCGAGGAUGGGGGCGACUACGAGUCCCCAGACGAGGAGGAGGAGGUGCCCUUCCUGGAGGAGGACGCAGACUACGAGCCGCCCCCGUCCAACGACGAGGAGGCCAUGCAGGGGUCCAUCCUGCCCGCUAAGUCCUCCUCCAACGCCAUGUACAUAGACCGCCCUCCCUCAGGGAAAGGCCCACAGCAGCCACCUGUGCCCCCGCAGAGGCCCAUGGUAGGGGCACCCCCACCGCCUGCUGUCCGCAGCCAUCUGCCCCCGCCCCCAGCCCAGCCCAACCACGAAGAGCCCAGCAGAAGCAGAACCCCCAAACCGGCCAAGCUGCCCGCCCCGUCCAUCGACAGGAGCACCAAGCCGCCCCUGGACCGCUCCCUGGCACCCCUGGACAGGGAGCCCUUUAUACUGGGGAAGAAGCCACCACAUUCUGACAAGCCCCUGGCCCCGGCAGGCAGGCCCUUUGGGGACCUCUUACCCAAGAUCCCCAAGCCGCCUUUGCCACCAACCUCGGAGAGACACGAGAGAAGCAGCCCUCUGGCAGGAAAGAAGCCCCCUGUGUCCAGGCCCGGAUGGGGUGGAGACAGAAGAGGCAAUGAUGAAGGCGAUGUGCAUCAAAGACCUUUGCCCCAGCCAGCCCUGCCUUCCACGAGCUCCAGUACAUUCCCGUCAAGAUCCACCAAGCCAGCCUCCAAGUACCCACUCCCUGCCGCUCACAUGCCUGGAGCGUUCCUGGAAAGUAACAGCAACUUCCAACAGAGCGCCUCCCUGCCACCCUACUUCUCCCAAGGUUCCGGCAGCCGACCACCCUCCAGAGGCGAGGGUAGAAACUUCUCCCUGCCUGUGCCCAGCAAGCCCAGACCGCCAUCGCCGGGGGAAAGAGAGAAUUCGCUCAGUGAAGAGUGGUACGUCUCCUAUAUUACUCGACCAGAGGCAGAAGCGGCUCUGAGAAAGAUCAACCAGGACGGCACUUUUCUGGUCAGAGACAGCUCGAAGAAAACAAUCAGCAACCCGUAUGUGCUCAUGGUGUUGUACAAAGACAAAGUUUACAACAUCCAGAUCCGCUACCAGGAGGACAGCCAAGUGUACUUGUUGGGAACUGGGCUCCGAGGGAAAGAGGUGAGCGCCUCCACACACCCCUCCCUUGCUCUCCUCUCCCCACGCCUCUCUACAGGUCUCCACAGAUGGAAACCCACUCUGGCAUUCUAGGAGAAGCACAGCCUG